AUGCAUCAUCGUCUCUGCUGCACUUUCUGUGGAAAAUAUUUCCCUACGCUCAAGAUGGUCACAACUCAUAAAAAAUCUGAACAUAUGAAACAAAAAAAACAUAAACGCACUACACUUUCAAACUCACUUGACGAUUUUAGCUUGAGUUUGACUUCAACUACACCAGAAACUAACAAUCGUGGCUGUGUUUCAGACGACGAGUA